UAAGAUAGGGUAUACUAUUGAGCUUAUAUAGUAAAGAGUAAUAAGCUAAAUUGCUCUACUGUACAAAGGCCACCUCGUUUCCUCUCGAGUACGCUUCACAAUAAAAAUAGAGUAACCCACAGCCCUGCCACUGCCCCAGACUCUAUUGUUAUCACCAUACGUUUAUUUGAUCUCCCGAAUCAGUCCCAGGGUUAAUCGCAAUGAGCCGACAUCUCCGCAUCGAGCGCAUCCCCUCGGGGCUGCAUUUUACUCCGAGUCAGUCAACUCCAGCAGGAGGCUAUCCAUUUCCACCGCAUAGCGCCCAUUCCGCCCAGCCUUCAUCACGUCCGCCAGAGUCCCGGACGCCUUUGUGUCUUCCCCUUCUUAAAAUUGCAACCGAAGUCACUGUUGACGGCACGGUCGCCUCGACCAAGCUGAUCCAGCACUUCAUCAACAAAUCUGAAACCGAAAUUCAUCAGGCGCAUUACGCGUUUCCCCUCUACGAUGGGGCAGUAGUGACGGCCUUUAAGUGCUCCGUCGGCGAUAAUAUGGUGUUGGUUGGGAAGGUUGAGCCCAAGGAGGAUGCCAGAGUCACCUAUAAGGUGGCCGUCGAGCAGAGGUAUGCCGCUGCUCUACUCGAGGAACACACCCCUGAGGUUUUCGAGACGGUGGUUGGAAACAUUCCUUCCAUGACCGAGGUGGAGGUCGAGAUCAAGUACGUGAGCGAAGUCAAGGCCGCUCUGCUGGAUGGAAGGAAGGAAGGUCUGGAACUCGUCAUUCCCAUAUCCAUCGCGCCACGCUACGGGAAGCCUGUAGGCGGUGAUCGCAAUGCCGACCGCUUUGCGCCUGUGGAGCCGGAGGGGGUUGGACUUGAUAUUCUUGUCAAAAUCAACAACGAUGGGUCUAUCGAAGGCGUAGAACAAAGCUACAAGUCCAAAACCAAGUGGAAUGUUGCCAUUGAGGAUAAGGUUGUGGACAGCUUCGGGUUCCCAGCAGCGGGCAAAGGAAAGGCGGCGGAUACCCCCAAGUCAACACAGAUACACGUGCGACACACUUCGGCCAAAGCCAUCAGGGAUGAAGAUUUCGUACUAACCAUCGAGACCUCGCCGGAACACCCACUACGCUCCAGGGCCGUGCUAUCACCAACCAACAACGCAGGCCACGCCGCCUUGCUCGUCAAUGUGAAACCGGGCGAGCUCUUCAAAGAUUCCGCCCGAGCCGAGAAGUUUGACGGCGAGAUCAUCUUCCUGCUGGAUCAGUCCGACUCCAUGGGCUGGCCCACUGGGACCCAAACGCGGACCAAGAUCCAGACUCUACGGGGCGCCAUGCCCAGGUCCCUCACCAACCUUCCGAGUGGAUGCGCCUUUAAUAUCCUCUUCUUCGGCGGAACAUAUAAGUUUCUCUGGGACGAAGGAUCAAAACCGUGCACGGGGUCAAACCGCGAAGCAGCGAUCAAGUAUGGAGGCAGUGUGCAGCCCGACAUGGGGGGCACCGAGCUCCUCGUUGCACUCAGAGCCGCCGUAGCUUCCCGCUUGGCGGGCCGCUCCUCGACGCAGAUCGUCAUCAUCACAGACGGUGAGGUUGAGGAGGACAAGGUCCUGGAGUUCGUGUGGAAGACUCGCCAGGAGCUUGGGCACCGAAUCCGCUUCUUUGCACUCGGCAUCGGGACCCGGGUCCCGCAUCGCUUGAUUGGGCGCAUCGGCGAGUUUGGCGGCGGGUAUGGCGAGGUGGUCGACAUCGACGGGCAUCCUCAGUGGAGUGACAGGCUGACACGGAUACUUCAGGCAGGGAUCAUGCCUUCAAGCUGGGAGUUUGAUGUUGAUCUCGGUCAGGGGUUUGAGCGGAAAGACCUGGUGGAGUAUCAGCUCGGCGAGCAGGAGAGGCUCUCGGUUCAAAGUGAGGUAGUGCCAUACGUUCAGGCUCCGUAUCCAACCCCGGCGAUGCACCCAUUCUCUUACCGCUCCGUGUUCUUUCUUCUGGAGCUGGGCAAACGCCCACCGCCGUCGCAGGUAACGCUCCGCUCCACCACGCCAGGGACCAAGACCCAGACAACGUACGCACUUCCCGUAACGCCGACAUGGACCGACAAGGCGGCCAUCUUGCACCUGGCAAUAAAAGCGGUCCUUAUAGGGCUAGACGCCCAAGCACGCGGAGCCGACUGGGCGCGAGCCAAGAAGGAGCGCGUACAGAGCAACGCCGAGCGGCUGGGAACUCUGUAUUCCAUUACGAGUCAGUGGACGAGCUUUGUCGCCGUCGAUCUGGGCCGAAAGCUUGUAUGCGGGGUGGAGUUCCACAAGGCGCGUCUCAUCGAGGCUGCCAUCGGCGACGUACUCUGCCCGCCGACUCCGAGCGGCUCGGCUUCCCCCCUUCCCGUCCGGAGUGAUCCGACAUUGUCUCGUACCAACCCUACAAGCUCCGGCGAUGAUUAUGGGUACUUUGAGGCGGGUAGUGCGGUGGGCCAGGAUAUAGGUAGUGCGGGGGACCCGGGUAGUUUGGGAAGCCCUCUCAGCUCUGUCGUCUAUGCCGUCGCUUUCUCGCCUGAUUGUCAUAUGCUCGCGUCGGCAUCAAAUUACCGCACGGUUGAGAUCUGGGACCCGGCGACAGGUCGUUGCCUGCAGACGCUUGAGGGUCAUCGCGGGUCUAUCUGUGCCAUCGCCUUCUCACCUGAUUGUCAUAUGCUUGCGUCAGCAUCAGUGAGUGGGUUAGGCGUCUUCUAUUUCGAGGAUGGGCAUAAGAAUCGUGAUGAGUGUGGAACAUUGCAGGAUUAA